AUGGCUCUGUGGUCUCCAGUACCACAAUUGGGCAGUCGACGCGGCAUCCAAAUAACUAAUUUUAAUACGAAUCAAAAUUUUACAGAAUAUACUAUUGACAUAUGUUUGGAUGACAUACGUUGGCACGUGUCGAAACGCUAUAGUGAAUUCGCUGAUUUUCAUGAAGAAUUGAUCAAAGAAGUUCCGCAAAUCGACGCGAAAAGUUUGCCACCAAAGAAAUUACUCAACAAAACUUCACCUGAUUUUAUUCAACGACGACGGCAAGCGUUAGACCAUUAUCUAAAAUAUUUAUUUCAAUUUUUUACCAAUAAUACAAUGCAACUACCUGAAUGUUUUGUCCAAUUUCUGGAUUUUCAUGUUUAUGAAGUUCAUGGUAUUGUUCGAAAGCUAGCGAAAGAAUUAUUUUUAAACGGUGAUAAAAUCUUAGCAGCGCCGGGCAAGAAAGCAUUCUCUAUUAGUCCACUACAAAUACAUGCUAUUACUCGACGUAUUAAACUACCUGAACCACCGUGUGAUAGCAACGAUCCUGCUAAAGAUCUAAGUCAUAUUCUCGAUUUCCUUUGUCAUGUCAAGUAUGUACAAAUCAUUGGCAGCCCUGAUAACUUUGGUACAAGUACAGUGAAAACACAAUUUCUUCCAUUCGAUGUUUCAUUCUGUAAAUCAGUCGAAGAACUUGAACUCGAUUGCGUUCAAACCAGUCAAAUCACUGGAUUAGACAAUCUUAAGAAAACUGUACGUCGUCUCUCCAUUCACCGUAGUCUAACAUCCAUUCGAGAAAUUGCACUUAGCUCACUGACAGAGAUUCCGCCAUCAUCUAAUGAAUGGUUGAUUAGCACGUGGAAGCUUGUAACUUACCUUGAUCUAAGUAAAAAUUCUUUGCAUUCCUUGGAUGAAUCACUUAAAUUAUUUUGUAAAACAGAAACAUUGGAUUUAAGCUAUAAUUUAUUAGAAACAAAUAUUGAUCAUUUACAGCAUUUGCAUUUCCUUCAAACUUUAAAUUUAUCCAACAAUCGCUUGUAUGAUGUCUCAGAUUUCAAUGCACGUGUUGGUAAUAUACGUUCGUUAGAUUUAUCGUUCAAUGAAUUGAUUACAACUGAUGGCUUAUCACGUCUUUACUCGUUAAUCACAUUGAAUUUAACAUCGAAUAAAUUAGACUCAAUUAAAAGUAUUGAAUCACUUGGAAGUUUGCCAUGCUUAGAAAAUCUCUGGCUGAAAAAUAAUCCAUUAGCACGCAUUGUUGAUUAUCGCAUACGUGUGUUCGCGGUGUUUCACAAUCGAGCAAAAGAUAUUUGGCUAGAUGGUCAAAUGCCGGAUCAACGUGAAAUCGAUCGAGCUUCAGUUAUUAGUGCAAUGAGCCGUGCGAAACAAAAUGAAGCUGCACAAGCAACAAUGCUUGUUCGAAAAGCUUUUUCGCCAACAAAGCCUGUUAGUCUUCUUUCGUCAUCUCUCCUUCGACAAACGUCAGCGCCUAGUAUGAACAAUGUGGCAUCAUCUUGUCCCAGUAAUUUAUCGAGUAUUGAAAAACAACCGGAUGUUGUUCUAGAUACUACGGGAAGUAACAACACAUUGCCCAUCGACGAAAUCGAUAUGAAUUAA